AUGAACCUUGCUUUAAGACCCCAUAAUCUCUCGCGACAGAUCAAUUUCAAAUGCCUCUGCACAAUUCCCUCACCAUGCCUGCAGCUGCAAACCCUCCUCAAGAACGACGACGAAAACCCCAAUUAUAUAGAACACUUGCUAAUUUCAGCCCUGAAAUGCGUCUCGUCAGCCCCGUCGUUAAACCCACACGGCCGGCAACUACACUGUCUCAUUCUAAAAUCCGGGCUCGACUCCAAUAUCUUCAUCCAGAACAGCUUGAUCAGCAUGUACGCCAAAACCGGCCGGCUUUCCUGCGCGAAAUCGAUUUUCGACACCUCCCGCAAGCUGGAUUACGUCUCGUGCAACAUAAUGCUCGCGGGUUAUGUGAAGCACGGCUUUCUGAAUGAUGCCCACCAGCUGUUCGAUAAAAUGCCGGUUAGAAAUUGCGUAUCUUAUACAACCAUGAUCAUGGGCUUGGCUCAGAAAGAGUUUUAUCAUGAGGCAAUUGAACUUUUUAAGGAGAUGAGGUCAAAUGGGGUCGUCCCGGGUGAAAUAACCAUGGCCAAUGUUGUGCAGGCCCACGCACGCAUCGGGAAAGGGCCCGCGACGUUCUUGCACGGGCUGGCCCUGAAACUCGGCCUCGACAGGCAUGUUAUUGUUUCGACCAAUUUUAUCCUCCUUUACUGCAUGAAUUCGUGCCUGAAUGACGCGCGGGCCGUAUUCAUUAACAUGGAGGAAAAAAAUGUUGUUUCGUGGAAUGUGAUGCUCAACGGGUAUGUGAAGGCAGGUUCGCUCGAUCUAGCGAGGGCUCUGUUUGAGGACAUUUCUGAGAAAGAUGUAGUUUCAUGGGGUACGAUGAUCGACGGGUACGUGCAGGCCGGGAGAUUAGGUGAGGCUGUAGAUCUGUAUAACCGAAUGACUCACACAGGCUUGGCCCCUAAUGAGGUUAUGAUAGUCGACUUACUUUCUUGCUGUGGACAGGCGGGGAAGCUCGUCGAGGGGCGGCAGUUUCACUGUGUGGCGUUGAAAACUGGUUUUAACCUUUACCAUUUCAUGCAGGCGACAUUAGUUCAUUUUUACGGAGCCUGUAGGGAAAUUAAAAAUGCCGUUUUGCAGUUUGAGGAAGGAAGUAGUGAGCAUGUGGCGUGUUGGAACGCUCUCAUAUCGGGUCUAAUGAGAAACCGGAUGGUGGAUGAGGCCGUGCGGUUGUUUAGCACAAUGCCCGAAAGGGACAUAUUCUCAUGGAGCUCGAUGAUUUCUGGCUGCUCGCAGAACGGGCAGCUUAAUUUGGCCGUCGAGCUCUUUCACGAGAUGGUGGACAAAGGGUUCAGGCCGAACGAGAUUACUAUGAUCGGUGUUUUUUCUGCCAUCUCGGGCCUAGGCGCUCUGGAUGAGGGUAAACGGGCCCACAACUAUAUUUGCAGCAAUAGAAUCCCAAUCACCAACAAUCUGAGUGCUGCUAUAAUCGACAUGUACGCCAAGUGCGGGUGCAUAAAUUUGGCUCUGGAAACGUUCUAUCAGUUUCGAGAGCAAGCAACAGAGGUCUCGCCUUGGAAUUCAAUUAUAUGUGGCCUAGCAACGCACGGCCACGUGGAAAUGUGUUUGAAGAUUUUUUCAGAUCUGCAGAGCCGAAAAAUAAGUCUGAAUUCGAUCACGUUCAUAGGAGUGCUGAGCGCGUGCUGCCAUGCUGGGCUUGUUGAAACAGGGGAAAUGCAUUUUAAGAGCAUGAGAUGUGUUCAUGGUUUAGAGCCAAAUAUCAAGCAUUAUGGGUGCAUGGUGGAUUUGUUGAGCCGGGCAGGGAGGUUGAGAGAGGCUGAGGAGCUCGUAAAUAGUAUGCCGAUGAAGGCUGAUGUCAUCAUAUGGGGCACGCUGCUGGCCGCAUGUAAAGUGCAUGGAGAUACGGAUAUAGGUGAGAGGGCAGCUCGGAAUUUGGCAGAGGUGGAGCCCACGCAUGGGCCGAGUAGGGUUUUGCUUUCGAAUCUUUAUGCAGAUGUGGGGAGGUGGGACGAUGCUUUUGUUGUGAGAAGGGAAAUGCGGGUGGGGAAGCUUUCGAGGUGCCCGGGUUAUAGUGGCGUUGUGUGA